AUGGACGCAAUUUAUCAGUGUAUAGUGUUCCCUGUGACAGAAGAAGCAAUUAAAUACAAGUCCUCACAACGGUGUGCUUACUGUCGUGAUUUUCCUAUCUCUAUUAAUACAAGCAGACCGAAUUUACUGCUGGCGUGUGUUCAUUGCAUCCACUUAUCCUGUUUCACAAAUAAUCACAUUGAAGAUCACUUCAGGCGGUAUCCAGAUCAUCACAUUUCCAUCUCGGUUGAUCAAGGUGAAUUGUACUGUUCUUCAUGUUGCGAUUUCGUCUACUCUGAACUAGUCGAAAAUUCAUACAACAACGCGCUUUCUCAAUAUCGGAAGAAAUUCGGACAAUCAGAUCGGCCAUGGAGACCAUCCUACAAGGAUUUUGAAAUUCUUCCUUAUGUGAAACCCAUUUCUAAAACAUUUCAGCAAACGCGGGGUCUUAUAAAUAUGGGAAAUACUUGUUUUCUUAAUGUCGUUGUACAGGCUUUAACCCAUACUCCAGUAUUACGGGAAUUCCUUCUGUCUGAUUUGCAUCGAUGCGAUAAUCCAACGCGUUCAAGAAACUGUCUUGCAUGUGAAAUGAUUCGGAUCACCCAGGAGAUUUAUCGACCUGAGACUUCUCCUUUCGUUCCCAGCAACCUUCUGUAUAUAAUUUGGUUGCAUGCGACUCAUCUCGCGGGUUAUGAACAGCGAGACGCUCAUGAAAUUCUAAUCGCUCUUUUGACUCUCAUUCAUUCCCAUCUUGUGGGCGAACAGACGCCAAUAGAAGAUGAUGCUGAUGAGACUUUACAAUUGCAUGGAGUGGAAUCGAAUAAACGUCGUUGGUUGGAUAGCGAUAUGUUGAGGAAUGAUGGGAGUAGAUGUGAUUCACCUCUCUCAAGUGCUUCCACACAGGAAAAGAAGGGGAAGUAUUCUCCCUCCUCGGUUACAUCUAGUGCGACUGGUGAGAUGGAUGAACGAAGUAUACCAGCUUCUCCGAUUUCAACGUCCUCAGAUCGUACGGAGAUUGUUGUUGGCAAUAAUACUAACAGCAAUCGAACAACUGCUUCUGCUCCGCAUCCUGCACCGUCAGAUACCAACUGUAAUUGUAUAGUCCACCAGGUAUUUUUUGGAGACCUGGAAUCUGUCAUUUCUUACCAGGGGUGUGAUCACAGAUCUUCCACGGUCGAUCCUUUUUUGGAUCUCUCAUUGGAUGUAGCUCAACGAGGAUCAACAUCCCUGGCCGCUUGUUUGUCCUCCUACUUUAGACCUGAGGUGAUUGAUGGAAUGUUACCCUGUUCAAAGUGCAAAGUCAAUCGUCCUGCUGUGAAACAGUUUUCUCUUCUAAAUCUACCCAACAUCUUAAUAUUCUAUUUAAAACGAUGUCAUCAAGACACAAAGCUCAACACCUCAAUCAGCUUUCCACUUGAAUUAGAUCUCACCCCUUAUGUAACCCGAUUGGCGGGAAGAAAAUUUUCUUGGCAAGAUCGGUACUCACUGUACGCUGUGUUGAAUCACUGCGGACAUACGAAUUCAGGUCACUACACAGCGUUCAUUCGAUCUGAGCCUGGUACUUGGUGCCAGUGUGAUGACCAGAAGAUUAUCCCCGUGAAUGUUGAACGUGUGUUGAAAACAGAUGCUUAUGUACUGUUGUAUCACAAAAAUCUGCUCUCUGUUGAUCCGUCACCCCCAAGCCAAUCGCCUCAAAGUCCUUAG